AUGCUCAUAAGUCUUAACCAGCUGCAUGUAUCCUCACAUCCCUUCGCCUUUGUUCCAUUUUUGUUUUGUUUUUUGCAGGACACGAACAUUUGCGCGAUAUGCUUGUCGAGCAUGAGGCCAGGCCAUGGACACGCCAUCUUCACCGCUGAAUGCUCGCACUCAUUCCAUUUCCACUGCAUCUCCUCCAACGUGAAGCACGGGAAACGGAGCUGCCCUGUCUGCCGAGCCAAGUGGAAGGAGGUCCCAGCCCAGGACCCCUCCCACAGAAUUGGCAGCCUCUCUUUGUCUCUCCCUAAUCGGAUCCCCUCCCCACGUGCUGAUUCCAUGCGCCGCGCCUCGUCUCUUCUCCACGCGCCUGAGCCGCCUCUCUUCAACGACGACGAUGACAUCACUACUGAUGCCAGCUCACCGGUAAAGAAUAUCCCCGAUCACGAUAAUUUCAACGGAUUAGUCGAGAUCAGGACGAACCUGGAAGUUUCCGCGCUCCCAAAAAACGCUUCCCAGAAUGACUUCUCGAUUCUCGUAAAUCUAAAAGCCCCGACCACGCCUAAAUUACCACAAGAUGUUGGACAAAUGUUACCGACCUGCCGAGCCCCGGUCGACCUCGUCACUGUUCUGGACGUGAGUGGGAGCAUGGCUGGGACGAAGCUCGCCCUGCUCAAACGGGCCAUGGGCUUCGUGAUCCAAAACCUGGGCCCCUCCGACAGGCUGUCGGUGAUCUCCUUUUCGUCCACAGCCCGCCGCCUUUUUCCCCUCCGCAGGAUGACCGAGAACGGGCGGCAAGAGGCCCUUCAGGCAGUGAAUUCCCUCACCUCAAACGGUGGCACAAACAUUGCCGAGGGUUUGAGGAAGGCAACCAAGGUUCUGACCGAAUGCAAGUCCAGAAACCCUAUUGGGAGCAUCAUACUGUUGUCGGAUGGGCAGGAUACGUAUACGAACCGGGCUCCUCCUACUGCUAUUGCACCCCGUUCAGACUAUCAGUCUAUCAUUAACGGGGCUUCUACUUCUCGUGUCCCUAUACAUGUGUUUGGGUUCGGCAGUGAUCACGAUGCAGACUCCAUGCAUCUGAUUUCAGAAAAUUCGGGUGGAACUUUUUCUUUCAUCGAGGCCGAAAGCGUAAUUCAAGAUGCCUUUGCGCAGUGCAUUGGUGGGCUUCUGAGUGUGGUGGUGCAGGAGCUUACGGUGGAAGUUGAGUGCGUGGACCCCACGGUGAGGCUCGUGUCGGUAAAAUCCGGAAGCUACAAAACUUCGUUAGCUCUGGAUAAAAGAAGAGCCACGAUUGAGGUCGGGGAUUUAUAUGCCGAGGAGGAACGGGAUUUUCUAGUCACGGCCGAUAUCCCAAUUUACGAAUCGGGAGGAGAAGAGAUGUCUCUGGUGAAAGUGAAAUGUAACUACCAGCAUCUUGUUGGUAGUAAUUCGAUUCAUCUCGAUUCUGUGAGUGAAGUCAGAAUCCGGCGCCCGGUGGUGGCCGGGCCCAUGCAGGUGUCGAUGGAGGUUGACAGGCAGCGGAACAGGGUCCGUUCGGCUGAGGCUAUGUCCGAAGCUAGGGUGGCCGCAGAACGAGGCGAGUUGGCUCUUGCAGGGUCCAUUUUGGAAAACUGUCGUAAGAUGUUGUCUGAGACCGUGUCAGCACGAGGUGGCGACAGGUUGUGCCUGGCAUUGGAUGCCGAGCUGCGGGAAAUGGGGGAGCGAAUGGCAAGCCGACAGGUGUACGAGACAUCAGGGAGAGCAUACAUGUUGUCAGGACUGAGUUCACACUCAUGGCAGAGGGCGACUGCACGUGGUGAUUCGACUGAGGGUUCGGGCCUGGUUCAUGCUUACCAGACGCCGUCUAUGGUAGAUAUGGUUAAUUUGUCUCAGACUAUGGUGUUGGGAAGUCCGAAUCAAGGGGCGAUUAGGCCAACAAGACCACAGCGGAGGCUUGACACGACUCGUGUUGGAUAUGACACGAAUCGUGUGACGCACAACUUUUCCGGAGGAAUUCAGGGGGCGGAGAUUAUCGAGGUGAUCACAUCUACUGUGAAAGAAUUGGCGAGGUCCGACCACAAGCUCGAUCUGGCUACCACCAUCAGAACCCCUGUGCAAUUGACAAAGAAAGGGAGCCCCGCGGCUAGAGCAUGGUUGAGCAGUGCAGAGCUGUCCUCCGACGACCGGAUGGCUGUAGAAGGAGGCGACUGA